CGGGUACAUGCUCACAAUCGCUUUGAACUACGCGUCGAGUGAGCAAAUGUCGCUGCUUAUCAAGUGUAAAAAUGUCUGGGUCUGGAAGAUUCUGAGACUUGUCAUGCAUGUUUUGCAUUGGCCAGGAUGUCUGUGAUGCAUGCCCUAGCAUCACAGAUUUUUUGAGGGCUUCGCGAUGCCUACUCCGCAUGACAAAUGUCCUCUCCGCGUAGCAAAAAUUGCAUUCUCUUUGCUGCUCAUGCAAUACAGAUUUUUUUGGAAUCCAAAUUCAGCAUCACAAGUUGCAUUCUUCCAGACCCAGACACUUUUACAUUUGAUACUGCUGAAGCAGAAGGAGGUUCAACAGAACAGAAUCUUGGCGUUCCUGAAGAACCAGUGCAAGCUGUCGACGGUUUUCCCGAUCGAGAGUCGGGGGGUGUUACUGCAGUUUCAGAUCCCGGUGGUGGUGAAAAGUGAUCAUGGGGGUGUUGGUGCUUCAACUGCUGUAUCGUCCGAUAGUGUCGACGUGAGUUUGAUCUUCGACAAGUUGGAGAAUGAAAGAAUUAUGCGCGGCACGGAUCGUGCGGAGAGCUCCGUCGACAGCAACCUACCCAUACGGGAAUGGAGCAUCGCAAAAACUACCUUGGAUGAGGUGUUUCUACGGAUUGUAACCGAAGACGCCGAGGAGAACCAGCUGCGGAUAACGUGAUUUAGGUUCAUUUUUCCACGUCCACCAGGGGGAGUUGCAAACCAAACGAAACUCUGUACGAGGGAUUCAUCGGUUUUCUUCUGAUUGGUCACAGACGGUGUAUCAACGUGCACGACAAGAAGCAGGUCAACAUCU